AAUCUGUGUCAUCACUUUGGCAGAAGCCCAUCCUCUUCUUCAAAAUGGAAGAACAAUUACAAGCAUUAAUUACCAAAUCAGUGCCAACUGUAGCAGACUCCAGAAUAAGGUCUCUGGGAAGUCAAAAAGGGGAGCUCAAUUUUUAACAGAACUUGCCCCUCUGUGCAGGAUAUCUUCAUCAGAUGGAGAGGAAUACACCAUUUAUAGUUGUAUACGAGGGCGACUGAUAGAAGUGAAUGAAAACAUUCUUAGCAAUCCAGCUCUUCUGCAAGAAAAGCCAUCAACUGAGGGAUACAUUGCAGUGGUUCUACCCAAAUUCGAAGAAAGCAAGAGUGUAACUCAAGGACUUCUGACACAGAAAGAGUAUGAGGAAGUUUUAUUGAAACGUCUUAAUUCUUCUUCAUGA